GGAGCCACCCGCUUUUAAUAUGUAAGACAUGUCAUACAGACUAUUUUGCGAUAAACAUAUUCCUGUCUUGUUUGCUUUUUUUUUAUAUUUCAAUCUGUAUUUUGAUCUGAUAAUACUUCUUCAAAUUCUUAAAUUCUUGGGUGAGAAAAUAUGAUAACAUUUCAUGAAAUUUUCGAUGGAUUAGAUCGGUCUUGCGCUCGGUUGACGUUGAUCAAAAACAAUCAAUACUGUUAUUGUGAAUAAUUAUUUCUUGAAACGUGGAUCAACCGACUAAAAGAAAACACUACUGACACGAGUUAUGUUAUUCCAGAAAUGCGUAGGAAGAUACGUAAAUAUUCUUCGACAUACUUACCUCUUUUUAAUAGCGAUAUUUGCUUUUGUUUCCGUAGGAAUUUGACACGUCAAGGUAUAUAGAUGAUAAAAUAAAUACAAAGGAUAAUUUUAGUAAAAAAAGGGAAAAAAUAGACCCAUUUACUCUGAUCGGGAACGCGAUACUCUGAGCUUUGCAUUUUAUAUGACAUUUCGUAUACAUAAAGAUAUGGGGAAGUUCUAGAAAUUAACUGAAAUUAAUAAAGGGGAAUAAUGAGAAAAUUGAUGCGCUUCUGCAUGGACCCGCAUUCAAGGCUAUUUCGCACUGGAGAGGCUUGAUUAUAAAGCUUGACACGCGAUUGGCCAAUUCACUCGUGACGUAUGAAUACAAUAAAAACUAUCACCCAAUCAGCGUUUAAAUGGGAAGAGGGGUUUGGGUACACGUACUUGUUACCAAGGGGUAGAAGAGCAAGUGUGCUGGCACGAUGUUAAUACAUAGAUUUACUUUUUGUUAUGCAAAUUGUGUCAUGUACUGGUGGUAAAAUAUGUACUCUGUAUUUGUGAAUACAUGUGCCUUAUCAAUUGCCUGCGUCAAACUCUGAAACUAACAACAUCAACAUACUAUUUAUGGAGCUUUAUCGUUUGACAUGUUAGAACUAAGGGUGAUUAUCACGGAUUAUCGAGAGGGAUAUCGUCCAAUGUGUGAUUAUUAUGCACUUAUUGAGAUUUCAUGUUUAUGAUUAUUGCUUGUUGACACGGUUCGACCAAUGGAAUUACUUUGCUGAAACGACCUGAAGUAGAAAGCGACCAGUAGAACAGAAGAACAUGAUAGGUGGGCGUGUUCCAAGAUCAGCUGUUAAUCCCCGAUCUACUCUCCUCCUAAUAGCUUCUUAAUUGCGCAUGCUCGUGCCUGUUUGUGUCAUUUUAUGCAAAUGAGAUAUACAUGUCUGCCCAAUCAGAGUAACAGGCAGAACCUGGCACGCGCCCUCUCACAGCUGUGGAAAGUAGCUUGCACAUUUUUGGGGGUGUAGAAUUACAUUUCCAAAAUACCGCAAGAACAACAAUUCCUGUAAUGUACUACCUCUGAUAUGUACCCCGUACACCUGUUGUGCGCUAACUAUUGACCAAUCAAACCGCCCCAUUUCCUGGCUGCGCGUGACUUUGACGAUCGCACGUUCGCAUGUGCAUGUUCAGAUUUCACCGGGAUGCUCGUGGUAGUUAUUAUCUUCAUUAGAAACUGAUGAAUAUUUAAUUUCGGAAACAUUAUCUGGUAUCAUCUCUCCUUACCUAUAAAGACUGUAAAGAUGUUUUUCCUCGCGAGAGAUAUAAUCCUUGGGACAGCGCCUGCCAAAGAGGUUUUCCGAGGACCCAUUUCCUGAUGUCGUGUGCCUUUUUUUCUGUCGAGAAUAAUUAUUGACUUCUUCUCACAUAUCGCUUAAAACUAGUUUAUUCAUGAAUGACAUUAAGAGAAAGUAACUAAUUAUCAUCACAACUCGGCUGCUUCCCUGAGUGAUUAUUAUUUCCAAGUUAUAGAGUGGAGUUCGUCUUUGCACAUGAAUUUUAAGAGUGCAGUCGUCUUCAACUCGUAAAACUCUUCCCGUUUUAUAAUGAGUGCUUGUUGACUUGGACCUACUUGCAUCUACUGUAUUUCAAGAACUCUUUUUAAGUCAAAAUGCAACAACACAACUCACUAGAUUACAGCUGCGCUGUGAGAGCGCGACAGAGCAGGCUGAGCCAACAGAACUGCCACAAUCGCCACACCCUUGACCAACCGGCAAGGUCUCAUAACCAGGCCAAGUACACCAAUCCGCCGCACGCCCCACUCUUCGCAGAGACAUCGUCAAGCUCUCAGCAGUACGUGCUGCAGCCGCCUCCGGUACGGCAACGUUCCGUUCUUCCUCAGAACUUGCAGGUUGCUCUUAGCGCCGCGCUCUAUCAGCAACACCACCAGCACCAGCAGAAUCCGCCCCAAGCGCACUCGACGUCGGUUCGCCAACACGGUCCAAUCAUGGAAGCCAUUGAAGGUCACGUGAUGGACUUGUCGCCCUCAUCGGUCACGCCCUCACUUUCAAGCGAUCUGUCAGAUUAUUCGGACGAUAGCUGCAAUAAAGACUACACCACACUGACCACUCCUAUUGGAGCUGACGUACAGACGCUAGACUGGGUGAUACACAAAAUGAUGGAGAGAGAACAGACUCAACAGUUGCACAAGGAAAAGAUCGAAACGUGUCAUCUCUAUGAGUUGCCUAUAGAUCCGUGGAAGUGGACCUCGACGGAAGUGACGAAAUGGGCCACGUGGUUCAUGCGCAAGAACAACCCAACCACUGCGCAGGACGUCACGGACGCGUUUGAAAAGUACCCAAUCACAGGCGAGACACUAGCCCACUACUCAGAAACGGACUUGAAGCAGUACUUCGGCGAGUUUAGCGCCAAGGCUCACGAGUGCCUGAAGCUUUGGCUGGAAGGUAUGUCACCUCGUGGUUAUGACAUCCAAAGGCAUCUCCUGGAUCUGGAGCGGUCCAAGCAAACGUACCUUGAACAAUUACUUGACGUCAUGAACCAAAAUGACCCCAUCAGCCAUGCACAUGAGGUCAAGAACCCAUCCGCGACCCUGACCCCUCCUCAUUCCGACUACGAUGUCCAAGUCAACAACGAGGACGCCUUCAGGAACGUGAUCGUUCCUCACAUCAAGCCCGAGAUCACCGCAUUCCCCUUUCCCGACCCAUGCUUAUCGGACUAUCAGAAUCACUAUCCCAUCACACCACUGAAGUGUCCAGAACCGCCAUUCCACCAGACGCAACCGGAUAUGAACGCCAGCGGUGGGAUAUUCGGAGCGGAUGCGUUGGGACCGGAUGGCAUGGGACCGGAUAACUUGGGACCGUUCAUGGACAAGGAUUUCAAGUUGGAUAUCGAUUCGGAUGAUGAGGCGGGCAAGCUCUGUGCGAUGAAAGAAGAGGUCCAAUUCCCGACGCAACCCAUCAAGAGAAAGCGGGGCAGGCCACGAAAACCACGCUUUCCAAAACAAAAGCGCGACCAACCAAUUCUGUACAAGUUCAUCUUAAAACACCUCAACAAUCCGUCCGGUGACAGCUCCAAGUACCUCAACUGGGUUAACAAGUCCGAGGGUCUCUUCCGAUUCUAUUCAGCCAAGAAGGACGAGUUUGCCGAGAUGUGGGGACGAUUCAAGGGCAAGAGGGAACACAUGACGUACCAGAACAUGGCGCGCGCACUGCGCAACUACACGCGCGGGAACCGCAAAAUCAUGACGAGCGUGCGCAAGAAGUUGCAUUACAAAUUCACACCGCAUUUUAUUCAAUGAGGCAGAAGUGUGUUUCGAGGAGGUGGCUUGUCCAUCCACUGUGAAAAGUAGACACAUGUCUCUGCGCACAGUUCUGAAUGCCGUUUUGCGGAUCAAGCACGGAAAAGAUUUAAGAAAUAUAAAAGAUGUUUUACAGUUUCGAUUGCAUUGUGAAACAGAGAGAGAGAGAGAGAGAGAGAGAAGGGAAUGAACGGAAAAUAUGUCAGGCAGACCGCGAAAAGCCAAUGUUUGAGACAAGAAUGAAAUCAUAUAUUUUCAGCAUUGUGUAUUUUAUAUUGCCUUUUGCAAAGGAGUUUUUUUAUACCGUGCCAAAGAGAUUUCUAUGCAUGAUGUUUUCUAGAGUCUCAACUCUUUAAUUUUUAUGAAAAAGGGGAGGUUUGCUAACUCUACCCGUUAAAGAAGUCUCUUCUUCAGACCUGUAAAUAAUAUCUAGUCAUAAAGUGAUCUAAUUUUGCACAAAAGCGUGAUUUAUUUUCGGAUCUCUUACGGUUUCUUUAUACGGAUUCAAACCGGAAGUGAUAUGUUGGUUCUGUAAUAUAUAGGCCUACAUUUCAUAAGACAGCACAGCAAAAAUGUGGUGUUAACCAGUGUAGUAGAGAAAUUCACCGGUCAUUUUACUUCGGUGUUAAAUUUACAGUGUUGGUGUUAUGGAAUAAUUUGAAUGUGAAUGUAUUACACAAAAUGGUCUAUUCAACAAUUUAAUAUUCAAAAGAAUGUGACCCAUCAUUGAAUUGUUUUUAUCAUUGAAGCUAAACAGCUUUUAUUAUAGUUUAUUUCAUUCGUACUCAGAAAUUCAGCAAGUCUGGUAGUCCUUACAGAAACCAUAUUAGUCUAUACAUAAUUAUAAGGCACAAGUAUAACUUUGGCUUGUAAAAAAACGUCAUUAGGCUUGUAUUUCAAAUUGAAACUUUGUAUUACAUUUAUUAUGUAUGUAUAAACGUAUUGCCCACAUCAAAUUUAACUCGCAUCGAAUAUCAUAUUUUCGUAGGAAACCGUUCAUGUAAUCUUCCCGAUUGGCCUCCGUACAUUGAAUAUUACGAAAACGUCGUUUCGGGUUUCUCGUGUUUUCAUACCAUUUUUUUUCUUUUAGAGGUAAUCUUCUCGACUGAUUUUAUUUUAGAAUCAAUUUAGUUCAAUUUAAUUAUUUAUUCCAUUCCCAUUCAAACAUAGUAAUAUAAAUCAGAACCAAAUUUAAUGAUUGGCAUUAAAGCAUAUAAAAAAAAUGGAAACGAGUUGGUGUUCGCUUCACCACAAGGCUCUGCAGUAAACAUGGUAACAUUUUCAUAUUAAAAACAUAGUCAGGUCUUUAGAUCUUUCACUCUAAAAAUGAUGUGCUAAUUUAGCUCUUAAAGAGCGUGUAGAGUGACUGCACUUCGGAGUGCUGAUUUGUCUAGUGCACUAUACACGCUCUUUAAGAGCUAAUUAGCAUUUCAUUUUUUAGAGUGUACCAACUUGUCCUAAAAUAUUUACAACGUAUGCUGUGCCUGAUGAUUUCCACUAUUUCAACCAUCUUUGUGAAGCUCUGUCUUUCGCUGCAAUGCCGGCAUAUCACGUGACCGGUCUAAAUUAAUAAUCAUAAUGUUAUUGUUUCAUGUAUAGGCUCAUGUCAGUGUAUGAAGCCAGUUCAAAUAUUUACCUAAUACAUCGGAGAAACUGCACAAUAACAAGGAAGGUAUACUGUCAGCAAACUAUAUAUGCAUCGUGAAAUUGGCAUACAAGAUACAUGAUAGAGCCUGCUCGAACAUGAAUAUAGAAUUAUGUAGGCCUAUUAUAAAUUUGACACGUAAGUCUUGCACGCUACAUUUUUAUGACCUUUGCUCGAAAAUCUCGUGACGUUCGCUAUGCUACCAUGCACUGUACCACAAAAUCAGAAU